CUCCUCCCGGCCGCUCUCGGGUGCAGAGCCCUCGGCCGUCAGGGCCGCUCGGAGGGAGUUCUCCCGGAGCCCGAGACGGGAGGGCGGCUGGCGGGGCUGGGCUGCAGUUGCACCGCCGCGCCUGAUGUUGGUUAUGCAGCAAGAUGCUUCCCACCACCAGGGCUUGACUCUGGUCUAGGUCCUCAGACAUGUUGCUUCACCUCUUUGGACCUCAGUUUUUAUCAUGCAGAUAAUAAUUUGAAUUUCAAAUAAUAUCCAUUUUAAAACAAGAAUAAUAAUGGGUGUGGAGCCCAGGGGCCUGUGGGAAAGAUUAUAUAUGAUUUGUAUAUAAAAUUUUAAGAAUUCCAAGAAUUCCGUGCUUGAUUCAGGACACACAGAGUGAGUGCUCAGCGCAGUCUGGCUACUUUCGGAUAACUCUUUAUUAACAGUCCUCCUGCCUCAGCCUCCGGAGAAUCUGGAAUCACAGACCCGUGCCACCAGGCCCAGCCUCGCUGACGGUUUUCUGUUUCAUCUGGGACGUUAACAGUUUUAGGUCUCUGAAGCUGAACAGUCACUGUGACAUAGAGGAAUCCCCCAAGUCCUGAUUGAAGCACUUGAAGACUCCUGACCCCACAUCCCUGCUUUAUCCUGUGGGUCAUUGCACACCUCACCUGGAGCAUGGACUGUACUUUUGUGUCAUAAUCCCAAUACAUACCUGUCUACACAACACUUCAGACGCUAAUUCUACAAAGGUUUUCCUACGGAGCCCCGUGGAGUCCAAGGCCGCCGCUACCAUGACGACUGCCAUCCUGGAGCGCCUGAGCACCCUGUCUGUGAGCGGGCAGCAGCUGCGCCGUCUCCCCAAGAUUCUGGAAGAAGGACUUCCCAAGAUGCCGUGCACCGUCCCGGAAACGGACGUGCCGCAGCUCUUCCGGGAGCCUUACAUCCACGCGGGCUACCGCCCCACGGGGCACGAGUGGCGCUACUACUUCUUCAGCCUUUUUCAGAAGCACAACGAGGUGGUCAACGUCUGGACCCACUUGCUGGCGGCCCUGGCGGUCCUUUUGCGGUUCUGGGCCUUUGCGGAGGCAGGGGCAUUGCAGUGGGCCUCUCCCCACACCCUACCCCUGCUCCUCUUUAUUCUGUCCUCAAUCACUUACCUCACCUGCAGCCUCUUGGCCCACCUGCUGCAGUCCAAGUCAGAGCUGUCCCACUACACUUUCUACUUCGUGGACUACGUCGGGGUCAGCGUCUACCAGUACGGCAGCGCGCUGGCUCACUUCUUCUACAGCUCCGACCAGGCCUGGUACGAGCGCUUCUGGCUUUUCUUCCUGCCGGCGGCUGCUUUCUGCGGCUGGCUCUCCUGCGCUGGCUGUUGCUACGCCAAGUACCGCUAUCGGAGGCCUUACCCGGUCAUGCGGAAGAUCUGCCAAGUGGUACCGGCGGGGCUGGCCUUCGUCCUAGACAUCAGCCCCGUGGCACACCGCGUCGCCCUCUGUCACCUGGCUGGUUGCCAGGAGCAGGCGGCCUGGUACCACACCCUCCAGAUCCUCUUCUUCCUUAUUAGCGCCUACUUCUUCUCCUGCCCUGUCCCCGAGAAGUACUUCCCCGGCUCCUGUGACAUUGUGGGCCACGGACAUCAGAUCUUCCACGCCUUCCUUUCCAUCUGCACGCUCUCUCAGCUGGAGGCCAUCCUUCUGGACUACCAGGGGCGCCAUGAGAUCUUCCUCCAGCGCCAUGGUCCCCUGUCUGUCUACACCGCCUGCCUCUCUUUUUUCUUCCUGGCUGCCUGCAGCGCGGCCACGGCCUCCCUCCUGAGGCACAAAGUCAAGGCCAGACUGAUGAAGAAAGAUUCCUGAGGUCUGCAAACAAGCAAAGGUGUAGAGGCGGGCCACUGUGACUCGGGGGAAAACUUGACACAAUAAUAGAAGUUGACUUUUUACUUUUAAGGUUUGAGUUUUAAAUUAAUAUGUAUUGACAGGCUGAGGAUGAAACUCAAUCGGUAGAUGUGCUUGUAUAGCAUGCAGGAAGCCCAGGGUUUGAUCCCAGUGCCCCACACGCCAGGAUAGCAGCCCUUAAAGAGGCAGAGGCAGAGGAGGAUCAGAGGUGCUAGGUCAUUCUCUGAUGCAGAGUCAGUUCGAGGCUAGCCUUUGAUACAUGGUACCCCAUCUAAAAAAAAAAAAAAAGAGUAUUACUUAUUUUCUUUUUAAAUAAGUAAUCAUUUAAUUUUUAAUGAUUAACUACAUAAGCCAAAGACACCCAAUUUAAAAACGCCAUUGGUUUCAUCAUUUGUCACAAUAUUUGUUAUAAAGCGAGAGAUCGUCACCAAGAUUAUGGAAGAAAACACUGAAAAAAGUCUGCAAAAGGAGAAAGCAAUUAGCAGUGAACAGUGCAGCGGCACCUGUAAGUUGGGAGACAGUUGGGCACGGCAUGUUUCCUUCUCCUAAGAAAUGAGAAGAAAAGCCUCCACAGUGCACUAGCGACUGCCGCAAGGUGGCGCUCUUGAGCCGACAGAGAAGACUGCACAAUUAGGGCCACAUUCUCCCUUUGAAGUUCCCGGCACCACUGCUGAGGAACACUCCUGCAGGAACAGCCUGCAGAAAGCUCAGCGCUCUCCUAGGUGCAGAGUCUCCACAGGCCCUCAGGAGCGUGCUGAACCCAUCGCUGAGAAGAUGCGCAUGAGAAGGAUAUAAGCACCAGCUGCUCUCAAAUACGUCUUGAACACCAUCAAUACAGAUGGAAGUGUCCACAGAGCAUGCUCUGUACCAUUUCAUCAUCCUUAGGUACCAAGAAUUCCCUGGCUUUCUCUUGGAACUCACGUGACAGUUCCUCAGCCCAAACGCCAACGUCCAGGUUAUCCUGGGCAUACAUCAGGAGGAAUGCCAUUGGACCCUUCCAAACAAGGGCUCUAGAAGAUGACGUGGAGGGGCCUGAGGAAGUAGCUUGGCACAUCUUCUGUCUCUGAAACAUCUGCUAAGAGCAGGAAAAGGCUGAAAAAGUUGCGUAGGCCAACUUCAGUUACUUCUUCCAUCCUCUUUUGAUGAAAUUUACGACAGUCUUCCUUUAACAUGUUUCCAAGGAGCCACUGCUCUUCAUUGCUUUCUUGAGGACACUUGCCAAAAUGCAAAGAAAAAUGAUGUAACUGCUGCUGGAUUUAUACAGGUCAGGGUCUUGUUUAUCAGAACAUCAGGGCUUCACCAUUGCAAGCAUGGACAAGAAUGAAUUGAUAUUAGUAAGGCCUUCCAAAGGAAGCCAAGAAAUACUGAAGGAGCUAUUUGGGUUCUUACUACAAUAGGCCUACAGAACAGAAACAACUGAAAUGUUUGGCUUCCAGAAAUCACAAAGUGUCAAGCAACAAUAAAGAUACAUUCUCUGUAAGUGUUCUUCUAGUUUACUCUCCUCUACAGUGAUGGACUGUUUCAAAAGUUCUUCUCUAAAGCACCAAUUUGAGUCCACUUGUCUCAUUUCAUCUGACCUGUCUGGUGCAGCGAGGCUACGGGAACACUAACCCACCCACUAACGCCUAAUGGAUCCUUGGUCCUGGUCUGAGAAACAGAAGGUCUUUUCUGAUCACUUGAUUCUUCACAAAGUGUUGUAAGUGGCUUAUUCCAAAACAGUCCUGCAACAGUCCAUUCACUCCUGUGGUCUGGAAGAUGAACAAGUAGAACCCACAAUUCUUUAACACAGGAGUAUGGGCAGUGAUCAAUCACUGAUGCUUCUGAAGGCCUAACCUCGGCAUAGCUGUUGAGUGAACAGGCUUACUGAGCCACAGAGAAGAUUUUCACAGUGUUCUUCAAAUAGGCUGACAUUGGUUAAACUGCCGCCCUUCUAGCCAGCUGACGACCAUAACCAACUUGCUUGGAUUUUUCACCCAGCAUGCGCAGUAUUCCCAGCACGAGCCAGUGUGUAUCUAAGUGGAGAUGUAAUAAACAGUGGGAAGAGCUCAAUCUGGUUCUUAUUUACGAAUGCUCCUAGAAUAACACUGUGAAGUUCAGUUAGAUGUCCGAUCUACAGAAGCAAUCCACAAAGUUCAUCAACCAGCAUUAAAAGAAGUUGAAGCUUCCAAAGCUUCAUAGGGAUGGACGGGGAGAUUGUGGCUCUCAGCACCUUGUUCUUUCAGACACCUGAAGAUGGAAACUUUAAUGUAGUGGAGAAACACUACACACCGCGCCGAAUACCCGUCUGCUUUGGAGUGCACACUUAUGGACUCCAAGGUAAAUAGCUACUGCCUGGAUAAAGGAAAGAGCUCUCGACAUGAACUUACUAAUGCUGUUUCGGUAACCCGUUGGAUGCCAGACUGUAUCCUCUUCAAAAUUAGUUGGUAAUGGAUCAAGAUUUGAAAUUAACCACUUAAGGGCACCACUGGUAAGGUAGGACUCUGUCAGAAUAUCCUUUUCCUUCUUUGUUGUCAAAAGCGCAAGCAAAGCAUGGGGGUUUGCACCAUUCUGUCCCCAGGUCCAGCUCUAAGCUGUCAGUCAUGAAUGCCAACACUGCAGAACAUGUGCUUUUUACGUCACGCCCAGAAUGAACUCCAGCGUGAAUGUCUACUGGGAGGCCAGGGGGAUGGAUGCUCUAGCUCAAAAGCUCCUAUGAAGCUGGGGAUGCCGAAGGCCAUCUUGGAAACGUCUGCUGUGAGUUGGUUGUCGCUUGUUAGCCAUCACCAAUGCAUUCCGCCUUGGAGAAUGGUGAGCCACAGUCUGGUCCAAACUCCUGUAGCUGUCAUUCAACAUGUCCGCCACCUCCACGAGGGUGCUGUAUUUGCAGAUGGUUGUGGAACAGACAAUGUCACUGAAGUAGAUCAUGACUUCUUCUUACAGCUCUGGCUGCACAACGUCCAUCCCUUUCAGAGACUUUACCACCAGCCUUGGGAACAGCAUAAAUUUAAGGCGCUCAGCCCUGAGCCUUUCUGCCUUGUACAGCCGGGUCCUUUCCGCCACCAGGUGUUCCCAGUUUAUAGAACACAGCUGUAGACAGCAGAUGAAGGUAUCCACGCAAGAUUCAUCUGGGGGGGGCAUGAACAAAUGCCAAAUAUCGUGGCAAGUGUGCUCUCGAUUUUCUUGAAGUCUGGCCUCUUCUGGUUCCUCCUUCCAACAGCUUUUGACAAGCAGAUAGACCUCCGGCUGCUCCUCACCUGCAGUUUCCAGGAACGGAUCUGGGCGAAAGGUUUCAUCCGUUCUGAAUUUUCCACUGUGAAAAUCUCAUUCUUGUCUGGGCAGCUCAACGUGUAGAGAGUUUUCUUACGAAGGAUGGUCCACUGAGCAGUGAUCCCAAAGCUGUACACGCCAAUUUUCCUGAGAGAUGCCAGCUUGUCAAGGGUGCUUGGGAGCAGUCCACAAGUCUUUUUCAGAGGUAGGAUGGAAUUGCACCCAAAAUCCGUGAUCUUCACCACCCCAAGACUGUCCACCACACAGUUGGUGGAUUUCAGACGCCCGUGAACUUCAACCUUACUAGAGUACCGAUAUGAUAUCCCCUUAGCAACACCAUAUAAGGCAGAGAUCUUAAACUCCUAAUCCAUGAACUUGCCAUCGGGGUAGGAAAUUGUGUCACUUAAAACUUCCUGAACAGGAGAGAAAAACGCACUCAUAAGGAAAAAAAAAAAAAGAUAAAAUGCUGCAGAGAAAGAUUAGGGAGCACAGGGAGGGUUACAGGCCAGCUGAUCCACUCACGAGGCUGCUGAGUGAGGAACAAAACGGGAUGCCAUCACCCUCCUUUCAUGAUCACACACGAUGAUGGGUUGUCUGACAGAGCUACAGCCUGAGAAGUAAGUUAGGUGAUUUUAUUGCGUGCUUAUCAUAUGGUGUUCUCACACAAACCUAGGACCUGCAAAGUCCAGGGCACAGGGCACAAAGUCUGUACACCACUGAUGAGCUAUAGUGCAGAGCGUAUUCUCCCCCAUGCUGUGACACAGACACACAGAUGGACACACAGGCAUUGAAUCUCUUUCUCUCCCCUACCCCUCUCCAUCUCCCUCUUCCUCCCUUCUCCCCACCUUCCCCCAUUAUUUAUGUUCAAGAGCAUGGCAUGACUAUGGGAUUUCAAAUGCAGGGCAUUUGAGGGUUUUAAAAAGGCACAUGCAUUCUUCUGUCUGUGUUAUAGCCUUGUGUGAAAAGGGAUCUUGGCUAAGAGUCAGAAGGUCCCAAACUGAAGAGAACGGCUCUUACCCAUGAGCACUUAGAAGAAUUCUGGUUGUGGCUUCCGAAGCUGAGUCCUGAAACUGGACUGCCAAGUAAACUGUGGCUGUUCCCUCCCCUAACAGAACAGCCACCCUUUGCCGCUUGUAUUGGUCACUGACCCCGUGGACUCUGUCUUCCUAUUAGGGUUUCGGAUUGUCUAGCGAAGAAAAGUCAAACUCUUCAAGAAGAUUCACUGAAUCUUAGACAAAAUGACCUAUUUGAUUUACCUGAUUUCUGGUCUCAUCCACUGCAGCUCUGCCUCGUCUCAGGAAAACCAACUAGCUGACUAAUUUGCCUGAUGUACUGUUCCCACCCCCAGUGUGCAUGGUAAUAUAAAGAUUUCUGAAACUAUUACACUUCCAGGAAAUGCUUGGAUCCAUUAGAGCAUUCAGGAAGAUGAUUCUCAUGUAAUACAGAAACAUAAAUAAUAAUAAUAAAAUACAACAGUGCCAAGCGCUACCGUAGGGAGACCCAGUCAGCAAACAUGGAUACCCUGGCCUGUUUGUCGCCCAUGGGGCCGUUUUAGUUUAUAUCUGUGGACCGCAGUAUUAACUGCAAGCUAUUUAGGGUUGUCUUGCAGACCUGGAGAUUAUCUGAAGGCUUGAACAGACUCUUUAUAGAAGCGUGGCUCUAGAGUUCCUCAAGGCAUCUGAUUUCAAAAAGGACCCUAAAAUCCAAGGUUCAAAUUUCCACUGGAUACUGUCCCAUGAAGGACCGACACAACUACCCCAAUUCAGGGUUCUCAAACAGGCAGUUCCGCCUCAGAUUUCGGAAGAAACCUUAAAACAGGUCCUAGGACAGGGGAAUGCGUGCUCACUGCUUUUGGCCCCUGAAGGUCCUUGGAGGAAGAACGAGGCACCUGAUGGCCAAAUGCACUGUUUGUGAGGCUGCUAUGAGCAGCCGCUGUGAGAUGGCUUGUGCUUGCUGCUCACAUGUUCUGGCCACACAGCUCUCCCUGAGGACUGACUUCCGCACUAAUCCAGUGAAGGAGGCUGUGGUCAAGGGAAGGCUGGGAUGCCCUCUAUUCGCACACUGCGUUUCCUAUCAGUAUGAGGUCCCCAUGUACCAAAAUGGGAAGUGAUCUGAUUCAACUCCCGUUGGGUCACUUGCCAGUCUUUCAACCUUCGUUUUCUAUCUUUUUUUUUUUUUUUUUUUUGUGAGAGAUUUGUGAGUUUUGUGCCUUAUGCAGGGGAAUGUCUGAACACUUUAUUUAAUAUGUGCACAGGUGGAAUUUUUCUGUUCUGGGUUAUUGGGACAAGAAAAAAGAAGAACCCCAGGAAGUGAAAAUGACUUGUCAAUCAACUGUUAAUCUGUAUUUGGGGAAGGGUUAACUGAAAUUUCCCUGCAGACUCCACAGCAACAAAAGCAUGUGUCUUUUAGGUGGGUUUCUGAUAAGAAUGUCUAUGCUUGCUGAGUGACCCAAGCAGGGAAUGUGAGUAAAAUUGAACUGGUUUCAACUGAACAAAGGAUGUCUGUGUUUGUGUGUGUGUGUGUGUGUGUGUGUGUGUGUGUGUGUAUGCAUGCUACAAAAAGAGGGUCUGUUGAAAAUGGAAACCAGAAAGUGUUAGAAAUUCUUGUCGUUAUGGAUUCAAAGAAUGUCAUCUUUUAAAAGUUGAAAGGAAAGUGAGAGCAGGAAGGAGGGAAGGUGACAUUGACUUUACUGUGGUGGUGUUUGUGAACAGAGAUUUUUCUUCUUUCUUUCUCUCUUCUUUUUUUUGAGACAAGGUCUCAAAAAACCUGUAUAACCCAGGCUGGCCCGGAAAUCCUUAUGUAGGCAAGGCUGGCCUUGAACUCUCGAGCUCAGCCUGCCUCCGCCUCCCAAGUGGCAGGGUUAAAGGUGUGCGUCGACAUGGCUAGCCUUGUGGACAGAGGUCUAGUGCUCUCCAAUGCACCCAAAGCCCCGUACCAAGCUGAGCUCUGUUCCUGGCGGGUCCGUGACACUGUAAGUGUAAAAAGUAAGACGGUGGCAUUCAGUUUUCAGUUUAAUUAUACAAAUACUGCUAACUAACAACUUGGAAAUUGUUUUAAGAAAAAUAAAAAUAAAACAAAAAAAAAAUGAAAGCGAUUCCUGUGGAGCUGGGAGUUGAACCCAAGGCCUUCGACGUGUUAACCAAGAGUUCCUCCAUUGACCUAAACCCCCAGGCCAAGGAAUGGUGGGUGUAUAGUAGAUAUUUGGGAGGCGUUGAGGUGGGGGACUAUGGCCUUCCCCGAAAAUGCAAGUUUCUGAUCAGAAUGAUGUAAAUGCAUGUAAAAAAAAUGGGUGGUUUUUAACUCUUCAGACUCCCUUUUCAAACAGUGUCAUUAAAAUGAGUCUAUCAGUGUGGAAAAGACCUGCUUAGCUUAAAGAUAACAACCAGGAAUUGUAAAAAGGGGUAUGGAUGCCUCUUGAUUUACAACGGGGUCUGCCUCUCCCCAAAAUCAGCAUAAAGUGAAAAAAAAUGGUGUAAGGGAGAUGGCUAUCUUGCUCUCUGUACUAGAAAUUUUGGUUGUUGCCUCUCUUAGUUAAGACUUCUAACCCUGAUAAAUGCCUCUGAUAAAAUUAAGCUGUCAGCCACUAACACUUUCUUGAGAAUAAAAUCCUUGUUGGUUUAGAGAAGGCCCUACUUAGUUCAAGACAGGAUACAUUCAGUGAUUCCUGUUUCUCAUUUCAGAAUCCUGGCUCUUAUUUGCUGGAGAAGGUUGUUUUUUCGUUUGUGUUUCCAGUGUGGGGUGUUUCCUGUUUUGUUUUGUUUUGUUUUGUUUUGUUUUGUUUUGUUUGUUUUGUUUUGUUUUGUUUUGUUUGAGGCGGAUCUCACUGUGUUUCCCAGGCUGGCCUGGAACUCCUGAUUCUCCCAUCUCUGUUGGCCAAGGAGCUGCGAUUACAGGCACCACUGGAAGCUUGGAAGAGUUCAGAGCCCUGACAGUUUAUUCCUGUCUGUUUGCUUACUGCUCUGUAGUUCCACCAGGAUCCUCCAGAUGGCGGUGUUGUCUUUCUCAGUGCUCUCUUGGCACUUGUUACCAAGGCUUUGCUGCUACCUGUACUGCGUUUUGCUUGUUUGCUUGAUAAAGAAAAUGUGGGAUUAUCUUCCGUCUCUAUAAACCUACUUACAUGAUUAAUCAUUAAAGAGAUUUUGUACAUGGA